AGAAAUGUUGCUGCUUUCGCUGAUCGUGGUUAUAGUGUCUCUGCUUGUAUUUGUGGCCCGCCGACGUCACGGAUAUUGGCAGAGGAGGGGUAUUCCGCACGAUGUGCCACACCCACUUUACGGAAACAUCAAGGACUGGCCCAAUAAGCGUCAUAUUGCCAAGAUAUUCCGGGACUACUACUUCAAGUACAAAGAUUCGGGCUACCCAUUCGCCGGGUUUUUCUUCUUUUUUACCCGGACUGCUGUGGUCACCGAUUUGGAACUGGUCAAGAGAGUGAUGAUCAAGGACUUUAAUCACUUUGAAAAUCGGGGAGUUUUCUACAACGAGAUCGACGAUCCACUUUCGGCUACUUUGUUCAGCAUUGAAGGCCAAAAGUGGCGUCACUUGAGGCAUAAACUCACGCCCACUUUUACGUCCGGCAAAAUGAAGAACAUGUUCCCGAUAGUUGUGAAAGUUGGCGAUGAAAUGGAUAAGAUCUUCAGUGGUAAAACUGAAUUGGGUCAAAGUCCAGUUCUGGAGGUUGUGGAUCUGGUGGCCCGGUAUACCGCUGACGUAAUAGGCAACUGCGCGUUUGGUCUCAAUUGCAAUAGUUUGCACGAUCCUAAGGCGGAAUUUGUGACAAUUGGCAAACGGGCGAUCACCGAGCAUCGCUAUGGGAAUAUGCUGGAUAUAUUUCUAUUCGGAUUUCCUAAGCUAUCUCGCCGCCUGCACCUAAAGUUAAACAUCCAGGAGGCAGAGGACUUUUACACCAAGAUCGUAAGGGAAACGAUUGACUACCGAUUGAAGACUAACGAGAAGCGAAACGACUUUAUGGACAGUCUUAUAGAGAUGUAUAAGAAUGAGCAGUCGGGAAACUCAGAGGACGGCCUUACCUUCAACGAGCUACUGGCCCAGGCCUUCAUAUUUUUUGUGGCUGGUUUUGAGACGAGUUCCACGACCAUGGGAUUUGCCCUCUAUGAACUGGCCCGCAACCAGGAUGUUCAGGAUUCACUCAGGGAGGAGAUUAAAAAUGUUCUGGGCAAGCACAACAACGAGUUCACCUACGAGGGAAUCAAAGAGAUGAAGUAUCUGGAGCAGGUUGUGAUGGAAACCCUUCGCAAGUACCCCGUUCUGGCGCAUCUAACGAGAAUGACCGAUACAGACUUUUCACCCGAAGAUCCAAAGAACUUUAUUGCCAAGGGCACAAUCGUUGUAAUUCCAGCUCUUGGCAUUCAUUACGAUUCGGAAAUCUAUCCCGAACCGGAGAAAUUUAGGCCAGAACGCUUCACAGACGAGGAAAUCGCGUCGAGGCCCUCUUGCACCUGGCUUCCGUUUGGCGAAGGACCUCGGAACUGCAUUGGUCUGCGAUUCGGGUUGAUGCAAACCUGCGUGGGAUUGGCCUACCUGAUCAGGGGCUAUAAGUUUAGUGUUGCGCCGGAGACACAAAUUCCCAUGAAGAUUGUCGAGAAAAACAUUCUAAUAUCCGCCGAAAAUGGGAUCCAUCUAAGAGUGGAAAAGCUUUUAAAAUAGUACAUAAGCUGUAGAUAUAAGGAUUUAG